GCACGAAACGUCGGUUUCCACUGUGGAGAUAAACAGGGGCGAGAUCCUGCAAUUCGUGGGUUCGGAUACCCCGACAAAAUGGCUCGGUGUGAUCACAAUGAUCGCAGCAUGUUCCCAGUAGCCUGUGCGGCUUCAAUAAUGCCUGCGCGUGAUCUGGCCAGUCGGACCGGCUCAAAUCAUACUUAUUAGCCAUACCCCAGACAACCUGGCCCAGCUUUUCCCCAGAUCAUCUCACUUCUGUAUUCUUUCUUUCAGCUCAAAGCCAUCCGACCAGAUGGCUUCAACAGAGGAGAAGACCACGACGGCUCACGUUGAGCACUCUUCCAACAGCUCUUCCGAAGAUGCCUCUGACCUUGCAAAAGCUUUCGAAGAGGGCAAGGACCCUGGAUUGAGCGAUGCCCAUCUCUGCAGCGAAGCCGACAACAAGCGCAUCUUGCGCAGGACCGACUUCUACAUGCUUUCACUCCUCUGUAUGGUCUACUUCUUGCAGUCUGCGGAUAAGGGAAUCAUCGGUUUGACAGCUGUCUACGGCCUUAAGAAGGACGCAAAACUCAAGGGAAACGACUACUCAAACAUUGGUAACAUCGGUUACUAUGCCCAACUUGGUGUACAGCCACUUGCUGCCUAUAUGUUGGUCAAGGCAAGGUACCGUCAAGUUCUCCCCGUCAUCAUCACUUGCUGGGGAAUCUCCGUCGCCGGAGGUCUUGGUGGAUCAAGGAAUUAUGCCGGUCUUCUCGCUUCUCGAUUCUUCUUAGGUGCUUUCGAGGCCGCUGUCAUCCCGCUCUUCUCAAUCAUCACCAUCGCAUUCUACAGGCGUUCUGAGCAGCCUUUCCGCGUUGCGUGCUGGUACAGCUGCUACGGCCUCAGCACACUGAUCAGCGCUCCCAUCGUCUACGGCUUCGGUCGCGUACACUCACACAGCCUCUAUCGAUACCAGGUGAUCUACCUCUUCUUUGGUCUUCUGACUAUCGUUGUCGGUGUAUGCACAUACUGGUGGGCAAAUGACAGCCCUGGAGAGGCGCGUUUCCUUACACCGGAGGACCGUCUCAAGGCUGUCGAUCGCCUUAAGGCCAACCAGCAGGGUAUUGUCUCACACAAGUUUAAUUGGAAGCAGGUUUGGGAGGCUUGGUCUGAGCCAAAGUACUGGCUUUACAUGAUCAUGGUCAUUGCCGUCAACGCUGGUGCAUCUGUUUCUUCGGUCUUCGGAUCGAUCAUUCUGCAGAAUCUGGCUGGCUUCACCCCUGACGAGGCUGUGCUCCUCAACAUGCCAUUCGGUGCUCUUCAGUUCAUCUCUAUCUUGCUCGCUUCCUGGUUGGCGUAUCGCUUCAAGAGGAAGUCGCCCUUCCUCCUUGGCCUUGUCGCGAUCGUUAUCGUCGGAGUCGCCCUGCUGGUUGCUUUGCCCAAGACCAAGGCCAACAAGGGUGGACUUCUUGCCGGAUACUACCUCAUCGCUUUCGUCUUCGCCAUCAACCCUCUGCUCAUCUCCUGGAUGGGUGCAAACUGUGCUGGACAGACGAAGAAGGCCAUUUACUACACAUCAUUCAACGCGGGUAACUCGAUCGGUAACAUUAUCACCCCCUACAUCUUCGAUUCGAAGUUCGCUCCUCAAUACGUCAACGCUCUUAAGGGCAUCAUGAUCAUCUGGUGCAUUCUUUUCGGUGUAGUCGUCCUCCAAAUCGUCAACAUUACCUGGCUGCAGAAGAAGAAGGGCAAUCAGCGUGAAGCUGCCGGUCUUCCCAGGGACUUCAUCGAUUACUCGAUGGACGGCGACUUCCAUGAGGCCGGUGCUGAGGUGCAUGGUGAGAACGGUCUCACAGACAUGACGGAUCAGCAGAACUUGUACUUCCGCUAUUUGUUGUAGUAGCACCUGCUUUGCGUGUGUCUCACAGGAUUGCUGUAUCCAAAGUAUUGGGUUUUGAAUAGGACAAUGAUUAUGGUAAUAUCACUAUUGUCAGAGUCACAUCGGCGUUGCAUGCUUGGGCCCUGUGUAUUGAUCAAGAUCGCCGCCCAACGGGGCUGUGCCAGAAGUCAUAUUUCCGAAAUAAUCCACUGAGAACCUUCGGCUAAUGGAAUGCGACCUACGGAACCCCCCUGCUGGCGAGAUUUGGGCGCAAUGACUAUCUGUCAAAGCUAAAAGAAAAAAAAGUGGC